AUUCUCUCCUUCAUCACAGGCAAUCAAAAUACCCUUUUCUUUCUGAAGAAAAGAACACAAAAAAUCAGGGUUUUAUUGAGAAUUGAAUCUUCUUUAAUCACGUAAGAAUGAAAGGGGAUAGAAUGGCGAAAAGAUCCUCUUUUGGAAGCAUAGUGAGAAAGAGGCUAUCAGAUAUAACAAAUUCUCUUCCACAAACACAACAUAAAUCGCCUAUUGAUGUCGAUAAGUUUUCGCCUGAUGUUUCUUCAAUGAAGGACUACAUUAAUCAUCUCGCCAAAGAAAAUGUGGCGUUGGUGAAACUUGUUCAAGACAAAAACAAGAUUAUAGAGUUGAGUGGGAUUGAGAUACAGAAAAUGAGGAUUCAUCUUCAGAAAAUGCAGCUACAGAACUGGAAUCUUGCUCAAUCAAAUAGUCAUAUGUUAGCAGAACUCAAUUUAAACAGGGAAAAGAUGAAAUCACUACAACAUGAGCUAGUUUGCAAAGAAGCAUUACUAAAAUCAAGGAAUUUAGAAGAGGAACAAGAACAAAGGGAGCAGUUAAAGAAUAACAUGCAGGAUGAAGAGUUCAUGGCUAUUGACUCUCAAUUGAACAAACAUAGCAAGCCUAGAAAUGGUAACAGACGCCAACGUGCAACAAGAAGUCAAUCCAUGGGACAUUCAACAUCCUCUCAACAAUCUGCAGAGAAAGAAGCAGCAGAAAACAAAAGGCGAUGUUUGAGAAGAAAGUCUACUAAUUCUAAAAUCCAACAGUCAGAACCAGCAGCCGAGGACUUGUUUGAAUUAGAAGGUCUUGCUGUACCAUUUAAUAGCCCAGUUCACGAAGACGAUCUUACUCCAUUGCCUUUCUCUAGCGUUGAAGAAGUGAUGAAGGAUUCCUCAGAAAAUGUAGCUCAAAUUUCGCGAAGGACUUCUAGUGGAAGACCAUCGCGUAAAGCAGCUGAAAAGGUUCAGUCAUACAAAGAGAUUCCAGUUAACAUCAAAAUGAGAAGAUGAGCUUUUCAUAGACCUUGUUGAAUAUCAUAACUGUAAGCUGUGUUUAUUCUAUGUUAAUCUGUUUUAUUGACGAUGGUUCUGUAAAUUAAUAUAGCUGCAAAAUUAGUUAAAUCUUGUAACUUGGGAAAAUAUGGUUAUUUAUUUUAAGAAAAGGAGCAAUUUCCUCCCUC